AUGCGCGUUCCAGUUUCACUCUCACUGAUGGUGCUGAGCCUGGUAGGCUCUACGGCGGGUCACCCUUUCGCCGAUGCCGAAGAGGUCUUGCGUCGCGACUCAGAUGCCCAGAGGAAGGCCGAUGCAGUCAAAGAGGCCUUCCAACACGCGUGGGAUGGAUAUAUGAAAUAUGCCUAUCCCCACGAUGAGCUUCAUCCAGUCAGCAAUGGUUAUGGGGACUCCAGAAAUGGAUGGGGAGCAUCUGCAGUGGAUGCCCUUUCAACUGCCAUUCUUAUGGGCAAGACAGAUGUGGUCAAUACCAUUCUGGAUCAUGUUUCGAAAAUUGACUACAGCAAGACCGACUCGCAGGUCAGUUUGUUUGAGACAACCAUCCGCUAUCUGGCCGGCAUGCUCUCCGGCUACGACCUGCUCAAAGGACCAGCCUCCGAGAUGGUUCAAGACUCAAAGCUUGUGGACAAUCUUUUGACCCAAGCAAAGAACCUAGGCGACGUUCUCAAGUUUGCCUUUGACACCGGUUCAGGUGUCCCCUAUAACAACAUCAACAUCACGUCGCAGGGUAAUGACGGCUCGACCACCAACGGCCUCGCCGUGACGGGAACCUUGGUCCUUGAGUGGACGCGUCUGUCUGACCUGACCGGGAUCGACGAGUAUGCGUCUAUUAGCCAGAGGGCAGAGUCACAUCUGCUAGACCCCAAGCCCUCCGGCGCUCAGCCAUUCCCAGGCCUCGUGGGUAGCAACAUCAACAUAGAUAACGGUCAAUUCACCGACGGUUACGUCUCUUGGGACGGCGGUGAUGACUCUUUCUACGAGUACCUGAUCAAGAUGUAUGUGUAUGACCCAAAGCGGUUUGCCACAUACAAAGAUCGCUGGGUACUGGCCGCCGAGUCGACUAUCAAGCACCUGCAGUCUCACCCGGAGCCCCGACCUGAUUUGACCUGGCUGUCCUCGUACCAAAAUGGCAACUAUUAUCUCAGCUCACAGCACUUGACUUGCUUCGACGGAGGUAGCUUCCUCUUGGGUGGUACCGUCCUGGGUCGCCAAGACUUCAUCGAUUUCGGACUAAAGCUGGUCGAUGGAUGCGAGGCUACUUACAACGCAACUUUGACUAAUAUUGGUCCGGACUCUUGGGGCUGGGAUCCCACAAAGGUCCCUAGCGAUCAGAAGGACUUUUAUGAGAAAGCUGGCUUCUACAUUACCAGCGGCGCAUAUAUCCUUCGCCCAGAGGUGAUUGAGAGCUUCUACUAUGCCUACCGUGUUACUGGCAAGGAAGUUUACCGUGACUGGGCUUGGAACGCCUUCGUUGCAAUCAACGCCACCAGUCGUACAGACUCUGGCUUCGCGGCCCUGAGCGAUGUCAAUGCUGCGAACGGCGGCUCCAAGUACGACAACCAAGAGAGUUUCCUCUUUGCUGAGGUCAUGAAGUACUCGUACCUCAUCCACGCAGAGGACGCCGAGUGGCAAGUGAAGACUGGCAACAAGAACACCUUUGUCUUCAACACCGAGGCUCACCCUGUGCGCGUUAAGCACACUUAG